CGAAUCCGCGGAAGUGUGAAAACAAAGUGUCUGUGUAUUUCAUAAAAAGGCAAAUGCAGACAGAAGAGUGAAGACGGUAAAAAAAAAACAACAACUUUGGAAUGUCUGUGUUUUUAACUACACUGGCUGCCGUAGUGACGGUCUAUGUAUUUCUUUAUUAUCAUAUAUUUAAAUGUUCCAGAAGAUGUGAAAGCGCUGUAAGGCUCAAAGGAAAAACGGCGAUUGUAACAGGGGGCAACACUGGCAUUGGGAAGGCUACAGCCCUGGAGCUUGCCAGGAGAGGGGCGAGGGUGGUCCUGGCCUGCCGCAGCAAGCAGAGAGCGGAGGCGGCUGUCUUUGACAUCAGGAGGGAAAGCGGGAACAGUGAGGUGCUGUACAUGCAUCUGGACUUGGCCAGUCUGAAAUCUGUGCGCUCAUUCGCUGAGACCUUCCUGCAGACAGAACCCAGACUGGACCUGCUCGUCAACAAUGCAGGCGUGAUGGGGCCUGGGGGGACGGAGGACGGCUUUGACCUGGCCUUUGGGGUCAACCACCUGGGCCACUUCCUGCUGACCCUCCUGCUGCUGAAGCGGCUGAAGAUGGCGGAGGGCAGCCGCGUGGUCACCGUGGCGGGUCUGCUGUACCGCCUGGGAGCUGUAGACUUCCCCAACCUGGCCCCCCGGCAAGACCCCGUUCCCCCGCGCUCCAGCUGGGCCCACGUCCUGUCCUAUUGCGACAGCAAGCUGUGCAACGUGCUCUUCACCCGAGAGCUGGCCAAUCAGCUGGAGGGAACCGGUGUCACAUGCUACUGUCUCCACCCAGGCGUGGUCUCCAGCGAGCUGUGCCGGAACGCCCCUGUGUGGCAGAGGCUGCUCCUCCUCCCCUUGGGGAAGCUGUUCUUCCUGGACGUGGAGGCAGGGGCCCAGACCACAAUGCACUGCUGCCUGCAGGAGGGCCUGGAGCACUACAGCGGCCGCUACUUCUCCAGCUGCGCCGUACAGGAAGUGAGCGCCAGAGCGCGAGACGACGCCGUGGCCAGGAAGCUGUGGGAAGUGAGCGAGAGGCUCACUGACCAGACCACGCCCACAUCCGGCACAAACCCUGCCCACACAAGCCCAACCCACAGCCUCCGCUAGCCCCACCCAUGCUAUACAAGCCCUGCCCUCCUUCCCCAGACUGCACCCCCUUCUUUCCAUGUAAACCCCUCCCCCUUCCCCACUCUGCCCUGCCCUCAUCCCAUAUAAGCUCCUCCCCCUUCUCCACCAUGCCUGGGCCACACUCCAUGCCCCUUUGACUCAGUGUGGGUCAUGCCCAUCGGUAGAUUACUCAUGUAGUUGUUCAUAUUAAAGCCUGAAUACUGACUGAUGCCAUUAAAACAAUGUUGGUAACAGUAACCUAUACAAUAUAUUUCCAAUUCAGUUCUAAUGAAAAUAAUUAGAUGCAUCACAACACUGAAUAUGAAAGUUAAAGGAUUAACUUUGGUGGCUGAACUUGCCAGUUGUUUUUAGGCAACAAAAAAACAGCUGGACUGAAUUAUUUUUCAGUCAUUUAAAUGUAUUUAUCAACAUAUACACGUGGAUACGAAAAGAAAGCUGAAUCUACAUGUUUCAUAAAUCUGGCAGAAUUUGUUGUUGGUUUAGAAUAUGUUUGUUUAUGAUUGUUUAAACAAUCAAAAUAAAUGUACACUCAGUGAGCACUUUA